CGGUAACCAGGACAACACUUAUGUCCCUCCUGCGGGAAGCUCCGAGUUAAAUACGUUUAGUAAUAAUUUAACAAAGUCGGUAGAUCAGCGACAUCUCUUUCCAACAAACUAUGCAGCUAAAGCAUUUGAAGACUCUCCUUCCUCCGCAGGAUGGAGCUGCGAAAGUUACAUGCAUGGCAUGGGCUCCAAACAACGUAAAGUUUGCCGUCUGUACAGUUGAUAGAGUGGUUUUGCUCUAUGAUGAACAGGGAGAGAGAAGGGACAAAUUUUCAACAAAGCCUGCCGACGCUAAAUACGGGAAGAAACACUACAUGGUCAAAGCUAUGGCAUUUUCUCCAGAUUCCACUAAAAUUGCUAUUGCUCAAACUGACAAUAUUGUGUUUGUGUACAAAAUAGGAGGAGAAUGGGGAGACAAAAAAGUUAUUUGCAACAAAUUUGUGCAGACAAGCGCUGUAAUAUGUCUACUAUGGCCAGCAGAAAAUUGUAUUGUUUUUGGAUUAGCAGAAGGGAAAAUUCGAGUGGCCAACACAAAAAGCAACAAAUCAUCUAGUAUCUAUGGAACAGAAUCCUAUGUAGUUUCAUUAACUUCAAAUGUCUCUGGGAAAGGAAUUCUUUCAGGCCAUGCAGAUGGGACUGUUGUGCGUUAUUUCUUUGAUGAUGAAGGCUCAGGGGAUUCUCAGGGCAAAUUGCUGACUCACCCAUGCCCACCAUAUGCUCUGGCUUGGGGAAGCAACAGCAUUAUUGUAGCUGGGUGUGAUAAGAAGAUUGUGGCCUAUGGGAAGGAGGGACAAAUCCUGCAAACAUUUGACUACAGCCGUGAUCGCUUGGAGAAGGAGUUCACAGUUGCAGUGACAAGCCCCAGUGGUCAGUCAGUAGUGUUGGGCAGUUAUGACAGAUUGAGGGUUUUCAACUGGAAUCCUCGAAGAGGUGCUUGGGAUGAAGCUGCUCCAAAAGAAAUUCCUAAUCUAUAUACCAUCACAGCUCUGGCAUGGAAAAAAGAUGGCUCUCGGCUCUGUGUGGGCACACUGUGUGGGGGAGUUGAGCAGUUUGACUGCUGCCUUCGCAGGAGCAUCUACAAGAACAAAUUUGAGAUGACUUAUGUUGGCUUAAGCCAGGUGAUUGUGAAGAACCUUUCUACAGGCACACGAGUGGUGCUCAAGUCUCAUUAUGGCUAUGAGUUUAAUGAGGUGAAAAUCAUGGGGAAGGAUCGUUACUUGGUGGCCCACACUUCAGAUACCCUUCUGCUGGGAGAUCUGGUCUCCAAUAAACUGAGUGAGGUGGUGUGGCAGGGCUCUGGAGGGAAUGAGAAAUUCUUCUUUGAAAAUGAAACCGUGUGCAUGGUAUUCAACGCAGGAGAACUGACCUUGGUGGAGUACGGCAACAAUGACAUCUUAGGAUCAGUUCGCACUGAAUUUAUGAACCCCCACCUUAUCAGUGUUCGUCUCAAUGAGAGGAAGCAGAGAGGAGUGGAUGAUAACAAGAAGUUAGCCUACCUAAUCGACAUCAAAACCAUCGCCAUAGUGGACUUGGCUCUUGGUUAUAACCUUGGGACUGUUAGUCAUGACUUGAAGAUUGACUGGUUGGAGUUAAAUGAGACGGGACGUAAGCUGCUCUUCCGGGACAAGAAGUUACGGCUGAACCUGUUUGACAUUGAGAGUGGUGUGAAAACCACUCUCUUGAGCUUCUGCUCCUACGUGCAGUGGGUUCCAGGCAGUGAUGUGGUGGUGGCUCAGAACCGCAGCAACCUGUGUGUGUGGUACAACAUCGACAGUCCAGAGAAAGUCACCUUGCUCCCUCUGAAAGGAGAUAUUGUUGAUUUGGAAAGGGCAAAUGGCAAAACUGAGGUGAUUAUGUUGGAAGGGGUGAACACAGUCUCAUAUACGCUGGAUGAAGGAUUGAUUGAGUUUGGAACAGCCAUUGAUGAUGGAGAUUUUUACAGAGCCACAGUAUUUCUAGAAACCCUAGAAAUGUGUGCUGAGACGGAAGCUAUGUGGAAGACACUGAGCAAGUUGUCUCUAGAGGCACGGCAGCUGCACAUUGCAGAAAGGUGCUUUGCAGCUUUGGGUAACGUGUCCAAGGCCCGCUUUUUGAACAAGACCAAUAAAAUUGUUGAUUGCAUCUCAAAAGAACAUGGCGAUGAUGGCAAAGAACACUAUCAAGUGAAAGCACGGUUAGCAAUGCUGGAUAAGAACUAUAAACUCUCUGAAAUGUACUACUUGGAACAGAAUGCUGUCAAUGAAGCGAUGGAAAUGUACCAAGAGCUGCAAAUGUGGGACAACUGUAUUGCAAUAGCAGAGGCUGAGGGACAUCCAGAGAUAGAAAAUUUGCGACGCAGCUACUACACUUGGCUGACAGAGACGAAACAAAAUGAGAAAGCAGGGGAAAUGAAGGAGAGCGAGGGUGACUAUGUAGCAGCCGUUAACUUUUAUCUUAAGGCAGGACUUCCAGCCAAAGCUGCCUGGCUAGCCAUGAACAGAGAUGAGCUCCUGUCUAGCAGUAUUGUCACCCGCAUUACCUCUGCUCUCAUCAAAGAGGAGUUCUAUGAGAGAGCAGGUGACCUCUUCAAGAGGACAAGUAAUAACCAGAGAGCCCUAGAUAGUUACCGCAAAGGCAAUGCUUUCAAAAAGGCUGUGGAGCUUGCACGUGUGGCCUUUCCUUCUGAAGUAGUGAAGUUAGAGGAGGCCUGGGGCGACUAUCUGAUCCAGCAGAAACGGAUGGAUGCGGCAGUCAAUCAUUACAUUGAGGCUGGGUGUGGUUCCAAAGCAGUUGAAGCAGCAAUUGGGGCACGUCAGUGGAAGAAAGCCCUGCACAUUGUGGAGUUACUGGAGGACAAAUCAUCAGCCCAAUACUACUUAAAGAUUGCCCAGCACUAUGCAUCUUUACAGGAAUAUGAGGUAGCAGAACGCCUGUUUGUGAAAGGAGGUCAUAUCAAAGAUGCUAUUGACAUGUACGCUGAAGCAGGGAGAUGGGAGCAAGCCCACAAGCUUGCUGUGAAGUGCAUGAACCAGGAUGAAGUGUCUACUCUCUAUAUUACCCGGGCUCAUGACCUAGAGAAGGAAGGGAAAUACAAAGAAGCUGAAAGACUGUUUUCCAUUGUUGGUGAGAUUGAUAAGGCAAUCACCAUGUACAAGAAGAAAAAGCUCUAUGAUGACAUGAUUCGUCUAGUUGCCAAACACCAUAAAGAGCUGCUGCAGGAGACUCAUAUUCACUUAGCCAAGGAGUUGGAAGUUGAGGGAAGAUUCCAGGAGGCUGAGCAUCACUACAUUGAGGGCCAGGAUUGGAAAGCAGCCGUCAACAUGUAUGGGACAAAUGAGAUGUGGGAGGAAGCUUACAGGGUGUCAAAGAACCAUGGGACAGUCAGCACCCACAAACAAGUGGUCUACUUGUGGGCCAAGAAUCUGGGGGGAGAGACAGCUGUUAAGCUUCUUAACAAGUUCAGCCUGCUAGAGGACGCCAUCGAUUUUGCAGCUGAAAACCAUUCAUUUGACUUUGCCUUUGAGCUGGCACGACUGUCCUUGAAACACAAGAUCCCGGAAAUCCAUCUAAAGAAUGCCAUGUUUCUGGAAGAUGAGGGUAAAUUUAGCGAAGCUGAAAUAGAGUUCAUCAAAGCAGGAAAGCCAAAUGAGGCUGUGCUGAUGUACUUACAUAUACAAGAUUGGCCCGGAGCCCAACGUGUGGCUGAAGCUCACGACCCCGACAGUGUGGCUGAUGUGCUGGUGGACCAGGCCAAGUUCUGCCUUGAGCAAAAAGACUUCCAGAAAGCAGAAGCGUUUCUCCUCCGUGCCCAGAAGCCUGAGCUUGCCAUCAAAUAUUACAGAGAUGCUGAGAUGUGGAGCGACGCUAUGCGUAUCUGUAAGGAGUACAUACCCAAUAAGCUGAGUAUUCUUCAAGAAGAGUAUGAAAAAGCGAUCACAAAAAAUGGCAGCCGGGGAGUAGAGGGUAUGAUUGAGCAGGCUCGGGAGUGGGAGCAGACCGGUGAAUAUGCUCGGGCAGUGGACUGUUACCUGAAGGUGACCGAUUUGUCCAAUGUGGCCAUACUCGUAACAUGUUGGAUUAAGGCAGCAGAAUUGGCCAUCAAGUUUUUAACACGGGAGAAGGCCAUGGGUGUUGUUCAGACGGUUGGGCCUCGUUUGGUGCAGCACAAAAAAUACACUGUGGCAGCUGAACUAUACCUCAACUUGGACCUCAUUAAGGAAGCUGUAGACACGUUCAUGGAGGCAGAAGAAUGGAACAAAGCCAAGCGAAUAGCCACGGAGUUGGAUGCAAGGUUGGAGGGAUAUGUUGACCAGUGCUACAGAGACCACCUGAAAAACAAAGGAAAGGUGGACUUGCUGGUUGGAGUAGAUGUCAUGGCUGCAUUAGAUGUAUAUGCAGAGAGAGGCCAGUGGGAGAAGUGCAUUGAUAUUGCAUCUAAACAGAAUUUUAAGAUCCUGCAUAAAUACUGUGCUCUGUAUGCCACCCACCUUAUCAAAGAAGGCGAUGCAGAGAAAGUGCUUGACCUGUAUGUACAGCACGGGAUCCCAGCCAGCCCAGAGAACUUCAACAUCUACAAGCGCAUGUUCUUCGAGCUGAUGAACCUCCGGGACAGGGAUGGUGCCAAUGCCUAUCGGAUGUGGGCUAACCUGCGAGAAGUUUUACAUUUGCUGUGCGAGAACCUGACCAAGUCUUCAGAAGCGCACGCUCCAGCCCAUGAAAUGUUUGAGCAGAUGCUUGUGGUAGCUCACUAUUAUGCAACCCGCUCAGCAGCCAAAGGCAUUGACCAGCUGAGUACUGUGGCAGCCAAGUUAUCCAUUUCACUGCUGAGACACACAGAGCUUAUUCCAGCAGACAAGGCUUUCUAUGAGGCUGGCCUGGCAGCAAAGGCUGUUGGCUCAGAGAAUAUGGCCUUUAUUUUCCUCAACCAUUUCCUGGAUUUGGCAGAUAGUAUUGAUGAGGGUACAACAGAUGCCUUGGACCACACAGAUUUCCAGGACACAGACAUUCCCUUUGAGGUCUCCCUUCCAUCAAAGCUCCAUGUCACUGUGGAGACGAGGGAGGAAAUCAGGGACUGGCUUCUGACAGUUUCCAUGGAGCAACGGAUAGAAACGGUCCUACCCAAAGAUGAGAGAGGAACAUAUGAGGCCUCGCUGCUUGCUGCGAACACUGGCAUCCGCUCCUUGCCCUGCGUCAUUACAGGUUAUCCUGUUCUUCAUGAUAAAAUUGAGUUCAAAAGACCAGGCAUGGCAUCUAACAAGGAUGACUGGAAUAAAUUCCUGAUGGCUACCAAGACCACUCACAGUCCAGAGUGUCAGGAUGUCCUGAACUUUAUAUCGCGGUGGUGUGGGGGCCUUCCAUCAGCUGGAUACACCUUUCAAUAAGGGGAAAGUGCACACUCCUUAGCCUUAUUUAAUCUGUAUCUUGUGCUCUGUAAUACAAUUUUUGGCUUCUUUUGUUUGUCUCCUUUACUCCCAUUCCUACCUGUCCUGUGUCUAUUCAGAUGCUGUGUUUUCAGUCUGUUAAAGGGACAGUAUUAAAGAGAGUUUUUUUUUUUUUCUUGAUCAGUUACUUUUGAUAAGUGAUUGUUUUCUGUUGUUUAAAGGUUCUGACUGCAAAGUUGAAUUCUGGGCAAAAAUGUUCUAUUUCUAUUGCUGUUGGAGUUUUGAGAUGUUUCGCUGCUGCACACAUCGUGUAUCCUAUGUGUAAAUGUUUUACCGAGAUAAAAUGCGUCCUGCAUUUUACGAUUCCGGAGAUUGCCGAAGCAAGUGAGCAACAAUAUCACAUGACUACCGUGUGGUGUGUUUGACCUACUUUUAACCAAAACAAGUUGGCAUGGGCAAAUGGUGGGCUCAGCUCUCCCUCUAGCUAAAAGCCAGCGGAAAAGCAAAGGAAAACAUGAAAGUGAAUCAGCUAGAAAGCGUGCCAGAAAAGUGAUGAAAACCAAAACGUUGUCCACAAGAAUUUUCGUGACGGGACAGAUCGACUGCUGGAAUCGACUGCAGGAUGAAACGGGUCCGAAAUCUGAUGAGUUUACAGUGCUUGUCUUGGAUUGAUGAGUCUGAGUAUGGAGUUAUACACCUAAUGUUUUGAUCUUACAGAGAAAGAAAUGAUAACACAAAAGCAGUAGCAGAGAAAAGAUAGUCAUCUUUUGUUAAAUAUCUGUGACUCAAAACUCUCAGAGGUUGAUGCAGAGUCACGAUGUUUUUCGCACAUCGCCAUCUUGGUGUGACGCAGUUCCAUAGUUGUGCUAAAUAGUUCAAGCUCCUCGCGUUUGGGUAUUUCUGUAGGGACAUACCGUUUAUCUCAAGAGGGAGGACAUUCAGUCCCAAAAUGGAGAAAAGUGACCCUCAGCACAUCAAAAUGAUCACAUACAGUGGUGCUUGAAAGUUUGUGAGUCCUUUACAGUUUUCUAUAUUUCUGCAUAAA